AUGAACGGAGACAACGACUGUGCAAAGAGAGCUAGGGAUGAUGCUCAAAUACCAGAGAAGAUACAAAAGGCCUUCGAUGAUAUUGCCAAAUACUUCUCUAAGAAAGAGUGAAAGAUGAAAGCCUCAGAGAAAAUCACCUAUGUGUAUAUGAAGAGAAAGUAUGAGGCCAUGACUAAACUAGGUCUCAAGGUUACCCUCUCGCCUUUCAUGCAUAAUAAAUGGGCCGCAGAUUGCCAGGGGAAUGAUUUUGUUAAGGACCGUAACCGCGGGAAUGAGGGGUCUACAGUGCAUGCAUCUUCCUCAUUCCUCCAUGUUCCCCAGAUGACGAUUUCAUCUGUGUCUCCUCCCACAUACUCCCAAAUGGACCGUCCCAGCCCUAGAAUGCGAAAAUCGUUCAGACAGCGAAGGCCAAGAUGCCCAACCACCUGCUGCAGAAUCCUGCUCCAGGACUGA